GCCGGGACCCUGCCAGCCCAGCCAUCGCGCCUCGCGCAGUCGCGCCCGGUGGUACAGGUGUGUCCACCCGCGCGAGCGGCGCGGAGGCUCUCCUCUCGAUCGGUGGCGCCGCGGCCGCACCCGCGCGGCGUUGGACGGCGAGCCCCCCACCCUCUCCCCGUUGGCCGGAGCGUUUUACGUGGCCGCGCGCGACGGAAACCAACCCCCCUUCGUCAUCGUCGUCGUGUUCCUCUCUGUCUCUCUCUCUCUCCCCUGUUUUAAAGAAGACGAGAGCGCCACUUCGUCCCUCGCUCGCCUCGCUCCCUCUCCUCCUCCUCCUGCCCCCACGCGCGGCAGCGGUUGCCGAUCGCUGCCCGCUGUCGGCCGCCCGAGAUCUCCGGCGCGUCGAUUCCGCGUGCGGCGCGUCGAUAGGGUUCUCGCUUCUCGGGCUUAACCUGUUGGUGCUUCGCUUGGUUUGGCGUGUUGCCUCUUGCCCCUGUCAGGGGUUCGCUGCGGCAGUUUCUCCUGUCAGGCUGUCACAUCGGCUUCGGUUCUGCGGCCUCUGUUGGGGAACGGAACAUGGAAGUGAAGCAGAGGACGAGGCAUCGCGACGGCGAAGAGAGGAGGCCUCUGGCAGCGGCGGCGGCGGCGGCGGAUGGCGGCGCCGAGGAGUACGACCCCUGGACGGCGUGGCUCUACAAGCCGCACACCAUCUCGGUGCUGCUUGUCGGUGCUUGCCUUCUAAUUUGGGCAAGUGGAGCUCUUGAUCCAGAGGGUGCUUCUUCUCACAGCAGCGCGACAUCGAUUAAGAGGGGUGUCUGGGCUAUGAUUGCGGUCUUCCUUGCUUACUGCACUCUGCAAGCACCUUCAACGAUACUUAUUAGGCCCCAUCCCGCUGUCUGGCGCCUGGUGCAUGGACUGGCUGUCGUUUACCUUGUAGCACUAACCUUUCUUCUUUUCCAGAAUCGCGAUGAUGCUCGCCAGUUCAUGAAACACCUUUACCCUGAUCUUGGAGUUGAGUUACCAGAGAGAUCUUAUGGAGCUGACUGCCGUCUGUAUGUUCCGGAAAACCCUAAAAGCAAGUUCAUAAAUAUUUAUGAUACAUUAUUUGAUGAAUUUGUAGUUGCCCAUAUCCUGGGUUGGUGGGGUAAGGCUGUAAUGAUACGAAAUCAGCUUCUUCUAUGGGUCCUCUCGAUUGGUUUCGAGUCAAUGGAGCUUACAUUCAGACACAUGUUGCCAAACUUUAAUGAGUGCUGGUGGGAUAGUAUUAUCUUGGAUAUCUUGAUCUGCAACUGGUUUGGUAUUUGGGCGGGGAUGCAUACAGUCCGUUACUUUGAUGGUAAAACAUAUGAGUGGGUUGGACUGAGCCGCCAGCGGAGCAUCAUGGGUAAGGUCAAACGAUCAUUGAGCCAGUUCACCCCUGCACAAUGGGACAAGGAUCAAUGGUACCCUUUCAUGGGGCCAUUGCGGUUCGUUCAAGUGCUGUUCCUGUGCGUCGUUUUCAUGACAGUGGAGCUUAACACAUUUUUUCUUAAAUUUUGCCUCUGGAUCCCUCCGAGGAAUCCCUUGGUCGUGUACAGAUUAAUCCUAUGGUGGUUGAUUGCUAUUCCAACCAUUCGUGAGUACAACUCCUACUUACAAGACAGCAAACCGGUGAAGAAGGUCGGGGCCUUUUGCUGGCUAUCUCUGGCCAUAUGCAUUCUAGAGCUUCUUAUAUGCAUGAAGUUUGGACAUGGGCUGUUUCAUGAUCCAAUGCCUACCUGGCUGAUCAUGUUUUGGAGUUCGGUGGGUGUAGCACUUGUGGUUUUCUUGCUUGCAUGGUCCUGGAGGAACCACCUGAAAUAUCAUAGAAAACGUCUCUAAUGGAUUAGUUUUUCGAAAGAUUUUGGACUCUGAAGUCUGAACCCCUGCAAACUUGCUUCUUUCUUCCUCCUGAUAGAAUUUGUACAUAUGUGGUGAGCAACUAUGUAACUUAAAAUCCUAGGGUAAAGCAAUUUUCAGCUACAUUUCACAGGAAUAACCAACCAAUUGUUGCCUCGCAAGAUUGAUGGCUGCUGCUUGGUAAUAAGUGAAAUAUUAUCA